AUCAUUUGUCAUACUUUUCAGUUUUUAUGUUUUAUCAUAAAAGCAGGUAUGUUAGCUAAAUAGGUAAAAACCAAGCAAUAGUCCCUAAUAGUCAAAGUGUAUUUCAAUUGAAGAUAUGAGAUCAGAAUGCUUCAUUAGGGAAAAGUAUCACAGGUAUUGUUAUCCUGGAUCAUCUGAUGACUACAUUUUUUAAAAGCACAUUUGUAGAAAGUAGCUGCUUAUAAAUUAGUCUAUAGUCCAACUUUGUGAGAUUAUUGUUCUUUGUAGAUAUUCAGCUUUCCAACCCAAUUAAAUAGAAAAUAAUACUCAUAUGUAGCCAGUAAUCAAAUAGCAGUUGUAAGACCUGAAUUCAGUCCCUUCCAUGUUCCUGACUCCUGGCGUAGCUAAAGUCAUAGCUUCUCAAGAGUAACAUCCUUUGCUUCUUGACUGUUGUUUAUUUUCAUUUCAUAAAAAGGUCAGAGCAUCAGCACUAUAUUGAUACAUAUACUUACCUUCCCUUCCCCUCACUAUGUUUCUCCUUCCCUACCCCAGCCCCUCGAAUGCCAUGAAGGCAGAGGUGGUUUCUCAUUCUCCUUGCAUCUGUCCUAAGUCCAAGCAUCAGACAUCCAAGCUACAUAUACUUAGCACUCACCAAAGUGGAUAAAUGAAUGAAAUGUAAGUUGACGGUCAUCAGCAGCAUUCAUUUACUACAUCUUGAUUAGCAAGGUGUUUGGUAAGAUGGUGACUUGUAAAGACUUUACCCCUUGUAAAGUCUCGUUUUAAAACUGGAAAGAGCUGAUACCCCCACAGACCUCCAAACUUGGAAACAUGUCAAGGAUAGGACAUGGCUCGAAUGAACCGCCCAGCUCCUGUGGAAGUCACAUACAAGAAUAUGAGAUUUCUUAUUGCACACAACCCAACCAAUGCAACCUUAAACAAAUUCAUAGAGGAACUUAAGAAGUAUGGAGUUACUACAAUAGUAAGAGUAUGUGAAGCAACUUACGACACUAUUCUUGUGGAGAAAGAAGGCAUACAUGUUCUUGAUUGGCCAUUUGAUGAUGGUGCACAACCGUCCAACCAGAUAGUUGAUGACUGGUUAAGUCUUGUGAAAAUUAAGUUUCGUGAGGAACCUGGUUGUUGCAUUGCUGUUCAUUGUGUUGCAGGCCUCGGAAGAGCUCCAGUGCUUGUUGCCCUGGCAUUAAUUGAAGAUGGAAUGCAAUACGAAGAGGCAAUACAGUUCAUAAGACAAAAGCGGCAUGGAGCUUUUAACAGCAAGCAAUUUCUGUAUCUGGAAAAAUAUCGUCCUAAAAUGCGGCUGCGCUUCAAAGACUCCAAUGGUCAUAGAAACAACUGUUGCAUUCACUAAAACUGGGGUGCUUGCUAUCAUUGCCUUGGAUGUGGAACUUGAGAAAGGAACUUGUCAUACAUAUUAGCAAACAUGUUGGCUUGGUGAAUAAGUCUAAUGAAGCUUGCAUAGGAAUCUUGAAAAGAGUUUUACCAGGCCACAAGCUUGACACAUGCAACCUCUAUGGGUCAGCCUAUUUGGACACUUUGCAAAAGAUUCUUGCUGUUCCGCAUUUAAGAUGUGCUUAGCAUUUAUACCAGUUGACCUUUCCUGAAAUCAUGCAGCAUUGAGUUAUGUCUUUAAAUUUAUUCCCAUGCCAGAAUCCUGUCAAUAUAAGAAAUUUAGAAAGAUGAGGUGCCAAAAUACCCAGCACAAUACUUGUAUAUUUUUAGUAUCAUACAGAACUAAAAUCCCAAGAACUAUGAACACUCUGGACCUUAUGUUUUUAUUCCAUACAUCAUUUCAAAUAUAGAAAAUAGGGCCUAUAUGGUAUUUGCCUGUUCACUUUAUGUUUACAUCUCAGGUUUGCUCAACUUUUUUUUUUAAACCAAGCCUUACAGUGAUUAUUUAAUGUCUUUCUCCAAAUAUCUUGUGCUGUUAUGGAAAACCUCCAUUCUGAAAAUCUACAUCAUACAGAAGUACAUGUCUUUAACGUCUCCAGACAAAAAAAGCCUUACAGUUAAUUUUAAUGUUUGCACUUCGGGGUGCAACUGACAGGGAGGGCCUGAAAAAAGGAUGGGAGGAGGCUAUUAAGUGUUUUUAGUAAAAUGUUGCUUUUGUCUUGUGCAGAUUAUGUAGAAUAUGCUCUUUAAUUUAGUAAAUUUUUUUAAAGGUAGAGAUGCUUUGUUAUUGUAGCUAAAACAAUUCUUAAUCAUAAAAUUUCUAAAAAUCUUGUAGUUUAUUUUCAUACUUAUCCGAAGCUGUUUACCAACUUACUUUUGUUUGAAGUGUGAUCUUUUUCCCCCUUCUCUUCCCAACCUCUCUUGCAAAAAAGAAAAAAAAAAAGAAGUGGGUUUCUGCUGAUGAAUUGAGCAGACUCUAAUAUUUUAUAUGCCUUUUGAGCUGUGUAACUUAAUAUUUGGAUACUUGAUCAUUUGUUUUAUUAUGUAAUUGAUAAAAUGGUGAUCUGUAUUAAUGUUAGUUCAGCCAUAUAUUUAUACUGUCUGGGAAUGUGUGGUUAUAGUUCUGUGGGAGAAAUAAUUUGUCAGUGUUCACCAGCUUGUAAAAAUGUAGUGCGAAAGCUUAAACAUCUAAAUAAAUAAUGAAGUGCAUUUAUCA